CCGGCUCGGCGCUGACUCCGCCGCACGCUGCAGCCGCGGCUGGAAGAUGGCGGGGACCGACUGCGGCGCGCUGCUGGACGACGAGCUCUCCUCCUUCUUCCUCAACUAUCUGGCCGACACGCAGAGUUGGGGGUCCGGGGAAGAGCAACUCUACGCCGACUUUCCGGAGCUCGACCUCUCCCAGCUGGACGCCAGUGACCUGGACUCAGCUCCCGGCUUCGGGGAGUCUCAGUGGUGUCCAGAGAACCCCGAGACAGAGCCCAGCCCGUACAGCCCCGACGACUUGGAGCUUUUCCAGAUCAUUGGCAGCGAGAAUGAGGCCCUGCUCGCCGCGUUCACCAAGACCCUGGACGACAUCCCCGAGGACGACGUGGGUCUGGCCGCCUUCCCGGCGCUGGAUGGUGGAGACGUGCUGUCCUGCACCUCGUCCUCGCCCGCCCCCUCCUCCGCGCCCCCCAGCCCCUCCCCGGAGGGGCCCCCAGCCCCGGGCCCCGACGUGGACGAGCUCUCACUGCUGCAGAAGCUCCUCCUCGCUACGUCCUACCCCGCGUCGAGCUCGGACUCUCCGAAGGACGGGGCCCCCUCGUGCCAGCCAGGCCUCCGGCCCAAGAGUCAGCGGUCUUGUGUCAAGGUGGACAGCCCCCACGACAGGAGGGGCCCCCUGACGCCGCCCCAGAGCCGGAGCUGUUCUGAGCUGCAUAGGCACCUCGUCUCAGCGUCGCCCUGCCUCCAGGCCAGGUGCCUGCAGCCCCCAGCGCCCCCGAGCCCCUGCCUGCCUGAGCAGGAGGAGCUGGAGCUGGGCGAGGACUGCCCGAGCCCCCAGCCCACCCCCGCCGAGCCCCAGGCGUCCCCCGCGCCAGGCGGGCCGGGCCCCGGCGCCUCGGUGUCCCAGGAAGACAUGCAGGUCAUGGUCCAGCUCAUCCGCUACAUGCACACCUACUGUCUCCCCCAGAGGAAGCUGCCCCCGCCCGCCCCCCAGCCGGCCCCCCAGCCCUGCAGCAGCCCCUCCAGGCAGGCCCGCGCCCGGCCCGGCCCCCAGCACCCCUCCAAGCCCUCGUGGGCCGAGUUCUCCAUCCUGAGGGAACUCCUGGCUCAAGACCUCCUCUGCGAUGUCAGCAAGCCCUACCGCCUGGCCACGCCCGUCUAUGCCUCCCUCACCCCCCGGCCCCGGCCCCCCAAAGACAGCCCGGCCUCCCACGGGGACGAGGUGCAGGUCUCGGGCUCGCCCAGGAGCGCAGGGCCGCGGCCCAGCCUGCGCCCGCUGAGGCUCGACAUGAGGGGCCGGCUCGGCCGGUCGGCCAGGCUGAAGGACGAGGAGGAGGAGGAGGAAGAAGAAGAAGAAGAAGACGAAAAAGAAGAGGAGGACGAGGAGGACGAGGAGGAGGAGGACGAGGAGGAGUGGGGCCGGAAAAGGCCGGCUCGGAGCCUGCCGUGGACCAAGCUGGGGCGGAGGCAGGACGGCCUGGGCCCCGUGCGGCGCUCACGCAGACUGAACCCCGAGCUGAGCCCCUGGCUGAGCUGCGCGGAUGAGGCCGGGGGGCCCGCCGAGCCCCAGGCAGCUCUGGCCUCCCCGCACCUGGACCCCAAGGCCUGCCGCAUGGGCGAGGACAGUGCCCAGGACCCGCCGCUCCUGCAGGGACCCCAGACCCCAGCCGUGGAGAGCCCCUGUGAGAGCGGAUGUGGGGACACCGAGGAGGACCCAGGCUGCCCGGCCAGAGACUCUCCCAGGUGCCUCAUGCUGGCCUUGUCACAAAGUGACCCCCCUUUUGGCAAGAAGAGCUUCGAGCAGACCCUCACCGUGGAGCUCUGUGGCACAGCAGGGGCUGGUGUCCCGUGGAGCAGCCACCGGUCUCCACCUCACGCUUGUCCUCUUGCUUGGGCAGGACUCACCCCGCCCACCACGCCCCCAUACAAGCCCGCAGAAGAGGACCCCUUCAAACCCGACGUCAAGCACAGCCCGGGCCGGCCCGGGGCUGCUGGCCUCUCACUGGUGGCCGCUGCCGCCGCCCACAGGCCACCCAGGAAACAGCCCGAGCGGCACGAGCUGCUGUCCCAGCUCCAGCUGGCCGCGGCCACCGCCACCACGGCCCCCGCCGCCUCGCAGGCCGGCCAGAAGCGCCCCUUCUCCUGCUCCUUCGGAGACCACGACUACUGCGAGGUGCUCAAGCCCGACGGCGCCCUGCACAGGAAGGUGCUGAGGUCCUGGGAGCCGGCCGGGCUGGCCCUGGAGGACAGGGAGGAGGACAGUGCGCUGCUGAGGGACCACGAGAUCCGCGCCAGCCUCACCAAGCACUUCGGGCUCCUGGAGAGCGCGCUGGGGGACGAGGACCUGGCCUUGUGCCGGAGCCCCGAGUACGACACCGUCUUCGAGGACGGCAGCAGCAGCAGCGGCGAGAGCAGCUUCCUCCUGGAGGAGGACGGGGAGGAGGACCACGAGGAGGGGGACGCGGGGGUCAGCCCCCCGUGCUCUGACCACUGCCCCUAUCAGAGCCCCCCGAGCAAGGCCAUUCGGCCGCCGUGUUCCCGCAGCCGCUCCAGCUCCGGCUCCUCGUCCUGCCGCUCCCGCUCACCAGCCUCGCGGAGGCCCUUCAGAUGCGGAAGCAGAGGGCCGUGCUCCGAUGGAACGCCCAGCUCCCGGCAUGCCCUGAAGCGGCGGGAAAAGGCCAUUGGCGAAGGGCGCGUGGUGUACAUCCGGAACCUCGCCCGAGACAUGAGCCCCCGAGAGCUGAAGAGGCGCUUUGAGGUGUUCGGCGAGAUCGUGGAGUGCCAGGUGCUGAGCCGGAGCAAGAGGGGCGAGAAGUCCGGCUUCAUCACCUACCGGUGCUCGGAGCACGCGGCCCUCUCGCUGAGGAAGGGCGCGGCACUGCGCAGACGCAACGAGCCCUCCUUCCAGCUGAGCUACGGAGGGCUCCAGCACUUCCGCUGGCCCCGGUACACUGACUAUGAUUCCAAUUCAGAAGAGGCCCUUCCUGCGUCCGUGAAAAACAAGUACGAAGCCAUGGAUUUUGACAGCUUACUGAAGGAGGCCCAGAGGAGCCUGCAUUGAUAACAGCCUUAACCUUCGAGGAAUACCUCAAUACCUCAGACAAGGCCCUUCCAAUAUGUUUACGUUUUCAAAGAAAUUAAGUCUAUGAGAAGCAGGAGCGAGAGCGAGCGCGUGAGAGAGCGAGAGACCUGAAACUGCUGUCCUUUCCAAACGAAUCAAUGUUUACAUCGAACAAAGCUGCUUCCGUCCGUGAGUCCCCCUGGUGUGACGACCCACUGCCACCGUAGGUCCUCCUCGCUUCUGCCGGCCGUCCCCGCCCGCGACCCCAUAGACAUGCAGCCGUGCUCACCAUGACAUUUCUUGUCUGUAGUGUGUGAUGAUGAAAUUGUUACUCGUGAAUAGAAUCAGGAUUAUAAACUCAUUUUUAAUUGAAGAAAAAAAAAGUAUAUCCUUAAAAAAAAAUAAUGUAUUUAUAGCUCAGAUGUACUGGGCCCAGGAUUAUUGUAUUGCUUCCUUGAUUUUUUUAACUAUGCACUGUUGUGAGGCGUUUGCCACUGAGCUGCUCUGCUCCCUUGGUCAGUCCGUCUCGGGGUGGGGGUUUGGUGGGG